GCCCAACAGCACAUUUUCUAAACAGUGUGUGGCAUGUAUACCUGCUGGAUAAAUGUAGGGAAUAUACUUUAGAGUUUGGGGCACUGUCAAGAUGGUUAAAUGACAAGCUGCUCUUUGCGCAAUAGCUAAUUUAUUUAAAUAAUAGUAUAUAUAUAUUUUCUUCUCUCACGUAGUACUUUAUAUCAAAUUGUCCACACGUUUUUACUGAACACAAUGCUUUCAGCGCUCGAGAAACAAAUACUUAUAGACCUGUGGCACAAACUGAUACCAGUGGCAGAAGAUAUUGGAAGUGAAGCACUGUACAGAAUGUUUACAACGUUUCCCAAAACCAAGACAUAUUUCGGUCACCUGGACCUCAGUCACGGUUCUGGGCAUUUGCGCUCUCUCGGGAAGAAGAUUGUGGUGGCCAUAGCGGAAGGGACGACGCACAUAAGCACCCCACUUUUUACCAGCAGUCUGGGCUACCUCAGCAGAUAUCAUGCCUAUCAGCUGAGAAUACAUCCAACCAAUUUUAAGCUGUUUAAUCACUGUAUGCUGGUGACUUUAGCUUGUCAUUUGGGGGGUGACUUCUCUGCUAUUGAACACGCAGCGACUGACAAGUAUCUCUCAGCUUAUUCAGCAGUGCUGGCCGAGAAGUUCAGAUAAGGAAAUUUCCUCAAAAGUAUCCAUCAUCAUCAUCAUCAUCAUCAUCAUCUCUUUCCAAGAUUCUAACAGGAGACCAAGGUUCAUCAAUACACCGCAAUGUUUUUCUUUAUUAUUCGUUAUGUAAUUAAUGAUGUAAAUAGAUUACUGUUGUUAAAUUAAAUACAGUUUAAUGUCGUUAAAAUGGUCAUUUUUGUUAUUUGAUAAAUUAAUAGAAUAACUAAAGGCCAUCCCUGCUGAUAUAAACAAUACAAACCAUCACAGAAAUUCUAAUGGUUUAGACUACAAAUACCAUUAUAAACCAUCAGCUAACCAUUAAAACCAUUACCAUUAUAAGUCCUUAAUGGAAUCCACUAAACAUAACAUAGAGGGCCAGUUGAAGGCAACAAAUUACCAGUAGAGACCCACAGGGACCAUUAGUACAGUUUUCAUUAAAACCAAUACAAUUCCCAUUAUAACCAUUAAAACCAUUAAACAUUCUAUGAAUGAUCCUAUUGUUUGUUUGUUUGUUUUUUUUUACAGGGAUGGCAGCUCUUAACUUAAGUGCGAGAAAUGCGUCACUAUAUCCAGCCUUAGCUAUACAUAUACGACAAUUUUAAGUCAGGCCAAACCUGUCUGAAUUUGAAGGGCGUUUAAAUCCCUCGACUUUAUCUCCCUCUGGCGGUAGAAUAUGCAAAAUGCCGGCCUGUUUAUAUCAAUUUGAAUCACUAUGGACUAUUAAAAAUGUUUAUAUUUUUAAACUUUUUUUUUAAACCCAAAACAUUUUUCAUGUAACCAAAAAGUAUGUAACACAGUGCACAUAAAGAGAAGAGUCUGCUUAAAAACAAAAAAACAAAAAAAAAACAAGCCACUAACGUAAAGAACAGCACCAUAUGUCUCAAAAAAGGUAAAUGUCAGUCAACUCCAGAAUUAAAAAUUAUUAUAUUUCCAAACAACAGUGGUGGGAUUAAUUGUGUUUGGUAGAGUAUAGCUCAACAAUAAACAAUAAACAAUAAACUAAAGCAUAAAAUACAGGAGAACACAACAUGUGCAAGUACUGUCCAUUAAUUCUGAUUCAGAAAGUGCAAUUUUGGUAGAAGAGUAUGUGCAAACGUCACAAUAGUAUAGAAAGACUGAAACCAGUAGCAGCAGUAGUGAUUGAAGAGUAAUACAUAUGAAUGUAUAUUGAUCUGAGGUAGUAGUGCAGAUUGAACAGUGUUAAAGCAUAACCUGAGCAAAUAUUAUAACUGUUUUAAAUUAAAAAAAAAAGAAUCAAGAAUUAGUGUAACUUUUAACACCUAUUUUAUAGAGGAUAAAAUCAAUAAGCAUGUUCCUGUUAUGGUCAACAAAGUUGUACACACUUGUAGAGGAUCUCAGACACUCCUCCAUGCAGAAAAUUUAAGCUGCUGUAUAUGCUCAAGUUUGCACAUUGACUCUUCUCUUUAAUUCCGAAAAAAGAUGUUUAAUUCAGUUUUAAUAAAGCCAGAGUGUGAAAUGGCCAAUGAAAAAAAAAGGUUUUCCUCCAACUAUUUCUUUGUUGAUUUGGAUGUACAUGUAUAUUUUGUGUCAAUGUCUUAUUGAAAGAGACAUUCACACCCAAGUCUUAAUUUUCUGUGUGUGGUGACCAGAUUUUGGGUUAAAAUCUUCUAGUGUUUAUAAGAAUUCACAAUGCCAUCACUUUUCACAGCAGUAAAGCAGACCCAAAGUAUCAGUGAGCUACCAUUAUAUUUUUAGUGGGCACCAAAGUGAUCUCCAGAAGUUGGUCUGAAAGUCAGAAAGUUAUGUCAUGUUCUGUGUGCAAAAUUUAAGACCCUCAGACUGUUACAUGCAGGAAAUUUUAAGCCCCUGCCAGUACCUCAUAAGCCCUGCCCCAAACUCUAAGUGCAUUUUGUAACAGACAUCCCAACAUCAGAAGGAAACCACUGGUUGUGGUAGAUCAGCUCUCUAAAGGAUGUUGUCUGAUC